UUAAAACAAUAACAUCAUGUUUCGUGAGAAAUAUCGAUUCAUGGGAAAGCAUCGAUGUAUCGAUUACUUUCAGCUAGACCUCGCAUUUGUUUACAAAUUUAAAUAUUUAAAAUACAUUAUUACCAGCAGCUUAUGGACAAAUGUGGCAACCUGGGAAUGAGGAAAGUUACUUUGACAACAUGGAGUUUAGCAAGAACGUGGUAAACAUCCUUCCGAGCGUAGAAAUGAUGGUGAGCUUCAACGGUGACAUGACGCGGUCCAAUAGGCGGGCGUGCCUACUGUACGCAGAGCGGAUGGACUUUAAGGAGUUGAUCCAACUGCGUUUGGCUGAGAAAGCCGACCAGCGUCGCAUGUACAUUACCACCGUGGACAGCGCCUCCUUUCAUGAAUUGAAGCAGGAUCAGUCGUUGAACGUGACCUUUUCUGGCUUUAUGGAGAAUGUGGUGCGGAUGCUUAAGGACUGCCAGGCUGGAAAACUGGAACUGCAUCUGUCCGCCAGGGACAAGAGCCUCGCAUCAAGCCAAAGCCACGACUACCACCUGCAAUUCGUAGAAAUUCGGUCCUUCAAAAACUUGGUACAUCUCUGUCUGCCCUGCCGCUCUGCCCCUUUAAACACCGUGCUCUUCUACAUCAAUCUCAUGCUGGAUGCCUCCCACACCAAGCAGUAUAUGCUGGAGCAGAGUAUUCAGCAGAUCCAAACAGAGCUCAACUCUCAGCGUACGCACAUGUUGCGUCUGGGAACGGAAAACACCAAUCUCAGAGAAGCCUUGGUGGAAAAUACCAGGGUGCUUGAGGAAAAGCAUGCUCUGGAGAUGCAACAAGUCCAGGAGAACCUGUCCAAAGUCAACGACCAGCGAAGCAGCGAACUGGAACGGCAUCGCAGAACGAUCGCUGGACUCCAGGCCCAGCUAGAUAAGGCUUCGCUGGAUAAAGCUGACCUGAAAACAAGCCAAGAGCAAAGCGAUAAGCGAUGUCAAACACUGGUUGAAGAACUAGCCUGCUGCAAAUCGCGUGUGGUUUCCCUAAAGGAGCAAAACGACAAACUUCAUGCAGACAUAGCCAAUGCCAGAAAGCAGGAACGCAAGCUGGAGUACAAGAUCGAGGACCUCAAGCAGCACACAGCUGAGCUGCAGGAACACAUUCAGAAAGGCAACAAGGAGAAGGCCAACAUUUCGGCCGAGCUGGAGGCCGAGAAGAAAAUCCUGCACACCAAGCGUCAGGCUUUGGAAAUGGCCUCCGAGGAAAUAUCAAAGGCCAAUCAAAUAAUCCUCAAGCAGAGCCAGGAGCUGUUAAACCACAAGAAAACUAUCGCCUGGCGCACUGAGGUGGCCCUUCAGCAGGAAAAGGCCGUCCACGAAAAGGAGCAGCUUUUAGCCAUGCGUGAGGAUGAGCUCCGUCAGGCACGAAUAACAAUUGAAAAGCUAAGAGAGGAGAUUCCCGAGCAAUUGCAGUCAAUGCGUAAUUUUGCACAAGGAUUAGAGCAAAAGUACUCCAAACAGAUCCUCACCUUAAAGGAGCGACUUUCCAUUCCCACUGGCAAGGAGAAUCGACGCUAGUUAAGCAUAGUGCUAGGAGCACUCGUUUCUCGUUAUUUUUAUUAUUUUAUAUUGUACGUGUUCAGUAAAUGUAGAUGUUCGGCUCUAGUCAUAA